GUUGCAUCUGCAUGCCAUUCGGGACACAGAGCUGGUGGGGCAGAAUUCAGGAGAGCACACCCUUUCUGGAGCUGCUGCCUGUAACAACUGCGGAAUAAAACAAAAGUCGUAUAUAAUGGAAGCAAAGUCGUAAUUAUAAAGUUAUGUACGCGAGUCAGAUGUUUAGAAAAACGCAGGGGAAAACGGUGGACACUUCUUUGAUUGUUUGUUUUAAAUGUUGAGGAAAUCAAUCACCCCAUGUCUCGAGCCACUACGCCGGUGGUGCACAGUCUACGGCGGCGAAGGGCUGGCGUGAUUAGGCCAGCAAUCGGCCUAGUCAAGUGACUCCCAAAGUGUCAGAUAUAGCUUGCUCGCCAGCUAGCUAACUUGCUGAAUUAAUUGUGUCAACCAACGUCGUUGACGUCCCUGAUAUGGCAAUUGAAAGUUGCUGUUUUCAAAUUGUGGCUACUACUAGCCAUUGUUAAUCGACUUUUUAGCUAACGUUAGCAAACUACCUUACUAGCUAGCUCAGCUACCAGUUGGCUAUGUUGGACUGAGCUAGCUAGCCAGUAAACACAGCUUGCGAGUUCCAGUUUUUAAACUAGAUUUAUUUCCGUUUUAGGUCCGCCAGUGUCUUGGCAAAUUGUGUCAUGUAAGAUUAUUUUUAUUUUUAUUCGUGUACGCGUGUCUUGCAUAUUAUUAUUUUUACAUCUUGGUUUUAAUGAAUAACUAGUUAGCCAGUUAGCAAUGUCUCUGCCAUCUGCCGAUAUGAUCGAAACUCCCCCUGGAUAUCCCUUUGAAGAAAUAGAUUAUGUGGAUAUUGAAGUUGAAGAGGUCGUGGGGAGAGGUGCAUUUGGUGUUGUCUGCAAGGCCAAAUGGAAAGGCAAAGACGUCGCAAUCAAGACAAUAGAGAGUGAAUCUGAAAGGAAAGCGUUCAUWGUUGAGCUGCGACAGCUUUCACGUGUGAAUCACCCCAACAUUGUGAAAUUGUAUGGCUCAUGCAAUAAUCCGGUCUGCCUGGUGAUGGAAUAUGCUGAAGGGGGGUCUCUGUACAAUGUGCUGCAUGGUGCUGAACCCCUCCCCUAUUACACUGCUUCCCAUGCCAUGAGCUGGUGUUUUCAGUGUUCCCAAGGGGUCGCCUAUCUCCAUGGCAUGAAACCAAAGGCUCUCAUUCACAGGGACCUCAAGCCACCCAACCUGCUCCUGGUUGCCGGUGGCACCGUGCUGAAGAUAUGUGACUUUGGGACAGCGUGUGACAUUCAGACCCACAUGACCAACAACAAAGGAAGUGCUGCUUGGAUGGCCCCAGAGGUGUUUGAAGGCAGCAAUUACAGCGAGAAGUGUGAUGUGUUCAGCUGGGGCAUCAUUCUCUGGGAGGUGAUCACACGCAGGAAGCCCUUUGACGAGAUUGGAGGGCCAGCCUUCCGCAUCAUGUGGGCUGUGCAUAACGGCACCCGGCCACCGCUCAUCAAGAGCCUACCCAAACCCAUUGAGAGCCUGAUGACCCGCUGCUGGUCUAAAGACCCCUCCCAGAGACCCUCCAUGGAGGAGAUAGUCAAGAUCAUGACCCAUCUUAUGCGAUGCUUCCCAGGAUCUGAUGAACCCUUGCAAUAUCCGUACCAGUCUUCAGAUGAAGGACAGAGUAGCUCGGCCACCAGUACAGGUUCCUAUGUGGAUUACACUUGCAACAGCAACAAGAGUGACACAAACAUGGAGCAUGGGGACUCCCCAGGGAGCAACGACACCAUCAAGAUCACACCUCAGUUUGCACAUCAGUUCAGGCCAAAGGUAGACCCGUUGUGGAGCCUGCCUCUGUCCAGAGGGAGCAGUGUUGAGAGCCUGUCGGAGCGAACACACAGUCUGCUGCKCUCAGAGAGCAAAAGAAUGAGCGCAGACCUGUCAGAGCUGGAGCACAGGGUGCCUUUCGCUCCCACAGCACGUCCCCAGUAUAAACGAGGCCACCGUAAAACGGCGUCAUUUGGCACCAUUCUGGACGUUCCCAAGAUCGUCGUCACAGCCACCUGUGAGGCGCAGAGACGGAGAUCUGUACAGGACCUCCCUGGGGUCGGCACAGAGUCCAGCCAGGGGAGCCGGAACAGCAGCAGGUCCUCCAGUCCCAGUGUGAGGAUGAUGCCGCCUGAUAAGACCAGCAGCAGAGGCUAUAGCUUCUCUCCCGAUGACCCCACAGAUACCAACGGCUCAGACAACUCCAUUCCCAUGGCAUAUCUCACUCUGGACUACCAGCUGCAGCCCCUCGCUCCUUGCCCAAACUCCAAAGAGUCCAUGGCUGUGUUUGAGCAGCACUGUAAAAUGGCCCAGGAGUACCUAAAAGUGCAGACAGAAAUCGCCUUGCUGAUCCAGAGAAGGAAGGAGUUGAUCGCUGAACUGGACCAAGAUGAGAAGGACCAGCAGAACACGUCCCGCCUGGUCCAGGAGCACAAGAAGCUGCAGGAGGAGAAUAAGUCUCUGUCCACCUACUACCAGAAGUGCAAAAAGCAGCUGGAACUGAUCCGCGCUCAACAACCGAAGAGACAGGGCACCUCAUGAUGAUCCACAAGCUGGCCCCUACCUGGCUCAUGCUGCUGAGACACAAACAAACUGUCCCCAUGUCAUAUCCCCUGUUCUCCUCCUCUUUCACUCCUCUACUGUUCCGGGUCACCUGUAGUCUGGACUGAAACCCAAACCUCUACUGUCCUGCGUCACCUGUAGUCUAGACUGAAACCCAAACCCUACCUGCAAAGCAUUUGCCAUCUCUCUCUCCUCCUCCCUCUGCCCUAUGACAGCUAUGAUCUCAACCUAGGUGCCCCCGCCCACCAGCACCUGGGCCCUGUAGGUUCCAGUGGAUCUUGUUUUACUUUGUACUGUAAAGAGACCUGUGUUUUACUGUAUACCUGCAUGUUGCGUCAUAGACACACUGCUGAUAACAUGGAAUGGACAAUAAGGUGUGCACUCAAGCAGGCUGUUAUGGAAAGUCUCUGUGCCCAUAUGUUUGCACAUCUUUACAGUAUAUUCUUUGAUAGCAGACCAAAGCAAUCAGCAUCCAUCUACCCUCUCUGUCCAUAAAGAGCGGUAGUCCUGAGGUUGUGAUUGCCCUAGGUUCAGUGAACACAGAGGGCAGAGGAGUGGGCUUCUAGCUCUCAAUGGUCAGCCAUCCUUUGGGUCAGAAAGGAUGCUUCUUGAGGUGUGAGUCCUGUACAGUAACCUCCUAUUGCCUUGUGUUCCACUGAGCCUGAUGGGAGGGGAGGCCAGUGAGGGGUGUGAAAUAUGUUUCUUUCUAUUGCUCUCAGGGCCCCUCGGACCCUCCCCUGGGCUGCCUGGUCAGUGUGUGUGUGUGUCCUCCUCCCACAGUCCAGUCCUCCCGUUGGUUAGUCCGACCCUGACCUGUCUUCCUUACUGGCUAGUGGCCAUGUGUCCUUGAGAAUGUGAAAAACAAAGAUGGAUGUGUGAGUUAUGUUCAGAAUUUGGCGUUUUUUAUGAAUUCCGAACUGAAUUUGGCGUUUUUUAUGAGUUCCGAACUGAAUUUUGCGUUUUUUAUGAAUUCCGAACUGAAUUUGGCGUUUUUUAUGAAUUCCGAACUGAAUUUGGCGUUUUUUAUGAAUUCCGAACUGAAUUUGGCGUUUUUAAUGAAUUACGAACUGAAUUUGGCGUUUUUUAUGAAUUACGAGCAGAAUUUAUUUGACUGUGAUCACUAAGUUCUAAGUGUGUUUUUUACCCUCUUAGGCAGAAAUAGCCACCCUUGUAUCAAAAUAAUGUAGACAUCUCCGUUCUCCCUCCUAGUUUUUAUGGCAGCAUAACCCCUUACAGAAGAAAUCCACCACAACCUGACAACCUAUCUGAAAGUAUUUAAUGUAAGUUGCAUUCAUUUUAACGGGGGAUGUAUUUUAGAUAUGCCUUGCAUAUCCAUGAUGUGUCUGUGGAUAAAAAAAAGAAUGUCUCGGCUUAUUAAAAGUACCUGUAUUGAAACGUGGUUUGGGUCUUAAACAGAGAUGCGAUAUUUAUAGGCCGCUUUCAAACAACAACACAAGCAAAAUAUGAGACUUGUUUUUUCAACCUGCUUAAGUAAAAUAAACUUUGUAUGAGGUUGAAAGUGCAACAUGUU